AUGGCUACAAAAAGAAAGGCAGCAGCCAUGACGGCUGUGGAAGAUGAUGAACCCGUCGACCCUUCAGACGAACUUGUGUUUAUUGGGUUGGGUGGAUGUCAAGAAGUUGGCCGAUCGUGCCAUAUCCUACAAUACAAGGGCAAGACUGUCAUGCUCGACGCUGGCAUGCAUACAGGCAGAGAAGGGAUGUCAGCUAUGCCCUAUUUUGACGAUUUUGACCUGAGCACCGUGGACAUCCUAUUGAUUAGCCAUUUCCAUCUGGACCAUGCCGCCGCACUGCCUUACGUGCUGGCCAAAACUGACUUCAAAGGGCGAGUCUUCAUGACACAUCCCACCAAGGCCAUCUACAAAUGGCUCAUCCAGGACUCUGUUCGAGUGAGCAACACCACGUCCACUUCCGACCAGAGAACCUCGCUCUACACCGAGGCUGAUCACAUUUCCACUCUGCCUCAAAUCGAGACGAUUGACUUCUACACAACGCAUACGGUUUCGGGUGUCCGCAUAACACCUUAUCCUGCCGGCCACGUCCUUGGAGCUGCCAUGUUUUUGAUCAACAUCGCUGGGCUCAACAUUUUCUUCACCGGGGACUACUCUCGAGAGCAGGAUCGACAUCUCGUGGCCGCCGAGGUCCCGAAUGCUGCGAGCGUGGGCAAGAUCGAUGUCCUCAUCACCGAAUCCACAUUUGGCAUCUCAAACGCACCUCCUCGCGCAGAACGAGAAACUGCUCUGCUCAAGGCGGUUUCCAAUAUCUUGGGCCGUGGUGGCAAAGUUUUGAUGCCCGUGUUUGCUCUCGGUCGAGCACAAGAGCUAUUGCUCAUUCUCGAGGACUACUGGCAACGGCACCCGGAGCUCCAGAAGUUCCCUAUUUAUUAUACUGGCAAUACGGCACGGAAAUGCAUGGUUGUAUACCAGACAUAUAUUAAUGCGAUGAACGACAACAUCAAACGAAUCUUUCGAGAGAGAAUGGCCGAGGCCGAAGCCGCCGGCAACGCCAAAGGUGUCAGUGCAGGCCCCUGGGACUUUCGCUUUGUGCGAAGCCUGCGAAAUCUUGACCGAUUUGACGACGUGGGAGGAUGUGUCAUGCUGGCUUCGCCUGGCAUGAUGCAGUCAGGCAUGUCCCGCAUCUUACUCGAGAGAUGGGCUCCGGAUCAACGCAACGGAGUCAUAAUGACUGGUUAUAACAUCGAAGGAACCAUGGGUCGGACCAUCCUGUCGGAGCCAGAUAUGAUCCCGGCCAUCAUGAGCGGUGGAAACACCGGUCUCGGACACGGUCUGGGUCGCAGAAACAAAGACGAUGAUGCCGCGGUGAUGAUCCCUCGACGGUGUUCGGUUGAGGAAUACCAGUUCGCAGCUCACGUUACAGGGGUUGAGAACGUAGAUUUCAUUGAGCAAGUCGCUGCACCCCACGUUAUUCUCGUCCACGGAGAACGUUCUCAGGCCGCACGACUGAGAUCAAGACUGCUGGAUCUGAAUUCCCGCCGGUUGACGAGCAAUCCAAACGCCCAUCAGACCAAGGUGUACAGCCCGGAAAACGGCGCGGAAAUCAAGAUCCCCUUCAGGAAGGACAAGGUUGCUAAGGUUGUAGGGAAGCUGGCUCAGAUACCCCCUCCUUCAUCCGCCGAAGCUGAUGAGACGAGAGUGAUCAGUGGCGUACUAGUACAGAAUGGAUUCAAGCUCAGCUUGAUGGCGCCCGAGGAUCUCCGUGAAUACGCUGGCCUCACGACAACGACCAUUUUGUGCCGACAACAUAUCACCCUUGCCGCAGCCGGCAUCGAGCUUAUUAAAUGGGCCCUCGAAGGCACUUUUGGUAGCAUUGAAGAGGUCGGUCACGUCAAAUCCGAACCUAACGGACAUGGGCAUUUGGUCAAGGUCGAGAUCGACUCGAGGAAUGGGGAAAACGGAAUCAAGGCCGAAGAAGAAGCUGACGAGGAAAUUGUCACGGAGCCACCGCGGACGUUCCUCAUCAUGGGAUGCAUCACUCUCAAGUGGUCGGGACGAGAGAAGCAGAUCGAACUCGAAUGGGAGGGUAACACCAUGAACGACGGCAUCGCCGACGCAGUCAUGGCCGUGCUGAUGACGGUGGAGAGCAGUCCGGCAGCCGUCAAAUACUCGUCGAGCAAGGCAGCUCACUCACACCACAGCCACGGGCACAACCAGGGAGUCCAGAGGCUGACCAACGAGCUGACCAAGGUCUCUCCACAAGACCGGUUCUCGAGAUUGUGCAUGUUUCUCGAAGAACAAUUCGGUGAUAACAUCACGCCCAUAGACAAACCGCGCACCGUCGCCCCUGCAGACCGCAAAGCCCUGGUCUCUGGGGCUGAAGGCGUGAAGAAGGAGGAGAACAACGACGAAGAGCCGGAUGAAUCCGACGAGGAAGCGGACCUGGAACGUGCUGAGGCGGCCGAGCGCGCCAGGCUGGCGGCUGUCGGGAUCCCCGUCCCAGGGCUGGAAAUUCGGUUCGACAAACAUGUGGCAAGGCUAUGGCUGGAGAAUCUAGACGUGGAAUGCGCUAAUACCGUCCUACGAGAUCGCAUCAACGCCAUCGUGGAGAGGGCGGUGGAAACCAUUGCGCCUCUUUGGGCGGUGCAUGACCAGCGAUCCACAGCCUGA